CCCGCCGGGCGGCUGCCGGAGCCGGGCCCCGCCGGAGAGGCCUCGCCAGGCCCCGCCCGCUCGGCAGGCGGCGCCGGCCCGGCUGUGGCGGGGGAUGGCGGCGGCGCGGAGGGCGGCGGCGGGGGACCCCCGCGCUGGCUUCAGGCGGGCGGCGGAGCCGAGCCCGGCCGUGCCGCAGGGGCUGAUCCGGGCGGCUCGGAAGAGCGGGCAGUUAAACCUGUCGGGCCGGAACCUCGGCGAGGUGCCUCAGCAUGUGUGGCGGAUAAAUUUGGAUACCCCAGAGGAAGCUCAUCAAAAUCUCUCCUUUGGCGCGGCGGAUCGCUGGUGGGAGCAGACAGAUCUGACCAAGCUGAUACUUGCCUCAAACAAACUGCAGUGUCUUUCAGAGGAUGUCAGACUUCUGCCUGCGCUCACUGUUCUGGAUGUGCAUGAUAAUCAACUGACAUCGCUUCCUUCUGCUUUAGGACAAUUAGAAAAUCUUCAGAAACUUGAUGUCAGCCACAACAAACUGAAAGGUAUCCCAGAAGAGUUGAUGCAGUUGUCUCACUUGAAGAGCCUUCUUCUUCACCACAAUGAGCUGAGCUGCUUGCCGGAUGGAUUUGGACAGCUUGUCAAUUUAGAAGAACUAGAUCUGUCCAACAACCAUCUCGCAGACAUUCCAACAAGUUUUGCUUUGCUCAUUAACUUAGUGCGACUCAAUUUGGCUUGUAAUCAACUCAAGAACCUGCCUGCAGAUAUCAGUGCGAUGAAAAGCUUAAGGCAGCUGGACUGUACUAAAAACUACCUGGAAACUGUACCUUCUAAACUAGCAACUAUGGCGUCUUUGGAACAGCUUUAUCUGAGAAAAAAUAAACUGCGUUCCUUACCAGAAUUUCCCUCAUGCAAAUUACUGAAGGAGUUACAUGCUGGUGAAAAUCAGAUUGAAAUAUUAAAUGCAGAGAAUCUGAAGCAUCUGAAUUCCCUCUCUGUAUUGGAACUUAGAGACAACAAGAUAAAAUCAGUUCCCGAUGAAAUUGCUCUGCUUCAGAAGCUGGAGCGACUUGACCUCGCCAACAAUGAUAUCAGUAGAUUGCCUUACACGUUGGGGAACCUUCCUCAGUUGAAAUUCCUGGCAUUGGAGGGAAAUCCUUUGAGAACUAUUCGAAGAGACCUUCUGCAAAAAGGCACCCAGGAACUUCUGAAAUAUCUGAGAAGCAAAAUCCAAGAUGAUGUGACUAACCCACAUGAAGAGCCUCCUGUGACAGCCAUGACUCUCCCGAGUGAGUCAAGGGUUAGCAUGCAUGCCAUAACUUCACUAAAAUUAUUGGAAUAUAGUGAGAAACAGGCAGCCGUGAUUCCCAAUGAAAUGUUCAAUGCGGUCGGAAGCAAUCCCGUCGCCACCGUCAACUUCAGCAAAAACCAGCUGAGUGAAGUUCCUCCAAGGAUUGUGGAGCUGAAGGACUCGCUUUGUGAUGUCAACCUUGGCUUCAAUAAAAUCUCAUCUGUCUCCUUGGAGCUUUGCGUGCUCCAUAAAUUGACACAUUUGGAUAUCAGAAAUAAUUUUUUGACAUCUCUACCUGAGGAAAUGGAGGCACUGACGAGACUGCAAGUCAUAAAUCUUUCCUUUAAUAGAUUUAAAGUAUUUCCCAGCGUCCUUUAUCGCAUCCUCGCUCUGGAGACCGUCCUGCUCGGUAACAACCAGGUUGGGUCCAUCGAUCCUCUGCAGCUGAAGAAGCUGGACAGGCUUGGGACGCUGGACCUGCAGAACAACGACCUCCUCCAGGUGCCACCCGAACUUGGGAACUGCGAAACUCUGAGGACGCUGCUGUUAGAAGGGAAUCCAUUCCGCACUCCGCGGGCAGCCAUCCUGGCCAAGGGAACGGCCGCGGUGCUGGAGUACCUGAGGAGCCGAAUUCCUGCGUGAGUCCAGCAGCCGGUGUCCUCGGCAGACCCGGAGUCAGAGUCCAAGCAAAGCCUGACCCUGUCGACCAAAUGCCGUGGGGUUUUACCGCCUUCCUCCUCCUUCGUCAGCCGGCUCUUCAGCGGCCGGUGCCACGAAGCGUGUGUGACGCUGUUUGUAGUUUGCAUGUUAAGGAAGAACUCGCCUGUGAAACAUUUUCCCCUCGAGGCUGCAUGUGUCAGGAGUGCAUUUUACAAUACCGCAAUACACGUUUACACUUUUUGUAAUAAAGAAUGCCAGUGCCAGCCGCCUUCAGGAACAGUGACAAUCGGUUUUCUACAAUUCAGCUGAUUUUUAAAAGGAAUUGUCGACGUCAAAGUAUUUGAGCAAAAGGCAGAAGUGAACACUUUGAUUUUUGUCUGCCUGUUUUCUAAUCUCCCGUCAGGUAUUCAGUCUCGUCACUGCUGCUCCCCUGGGUGGCAAACGCUGGCGCCCUCGACCUGCGUCCUGGGGAGACGCAUUCGGUGCGAGAUGUGCCGCGGCCACGCGCGUCUCACGGAGCAGUGACCAGAACGUGGCUGGUGUUGGUAACUGCACUGAAACAAUAAAUGUUUGCUGUCGGAUGGAUGUUUUGGGGUUUUUUAAGCAUAUGCUAUAAUUAAGUUUUCUAGCCAGUAACCUUAGAUACCCUUUCAUUUUUUAUU